UCCUGAGAACAGUCCCUCCCUUGUGCCCGUUGCACCGUUAGCUGGAGGUUCAGCCACGUCAAACUGGUUUUCUGAAAAAGCAGGGCGAGUUCUCUCUUUGCCUCCGACGCCGAAAGAAGGAGCUGGGGAGGAAAAAGCUGGGGCUUUUUGCACUGGAGAUUCCUGAGCAAGGCUUCUCAUUUUCCCAGGCUGCUUCCACUCCCGGGUGAGGAGCGCCCUGAGAGUAAGGAAAGAGCCUGGAAAAUGGAGCAGACGUGGGCGAGAGAUUAUUUCACAGACGAUGAUGGAGAGAUGGUACCCAGGACAAGUAAUGCAGCAGCUUUUCUUACUGACACUAAAGAUAGAGGCCCACCAGUGCAGUCACAGACUUGGAGAAAUGGUGAAAAGGUCCCCUUUGGACAGACACAUUUCUUGAGAGCAUUUGAGAAGCCCCCUCAGGUGCAGACCCAGGCUCUUCGAGACUUUGAGAAGCACCUCAAUGACCUGAAGAAGGAGAACUUCAGCCUCAAGCUGCGCAUCUACUUCCUGGAGGAGCGCAUGCAACAGAAGUAUGAGGCCAGCCGGGAGGACGUCUACAAGCGGAACAUCGAGCUGAAGGUUGAAGUGGAGAGCCUGAAAAGAGAACUUCAGGACAAGAAACAGCAUCUGGAUAAAUCAUGGGCUGACGUGGAGAAUCUCAACAGCCAGAAUGAAGCUGAGCUCCGGCGCCAGUUUGAGGAGCGACAGCAGGAGACGGAGCAUGUUUAUGAGCUCUUAGAGAAUAAGAUCCAACUGCUGCAGGAGGAAUCCAGGCUAGCAAAGAAUGAAGCUGCACGCAUGGCAGCUCUGAUGGAAGCAGAGAAAGAGUGUAACCUGGAGCUCUCAGAAAAACUGAAGGGAGUCACUAAGGACAGGGAAGAUGUACAGGGAGACCAGGUCAAGCCUGACCAGUACACUGAGGCCCUGGACCAGAGGGACAAGAGAAUCGAAGAACUGAGUCAGAGCCUGGCUGCCCAAGAGAGGCUUGUAGAACAACUCUCUCAGGAGAAACAGCAACUGCUACAUCUGCUGGAAGAGCCCACGAGCAUGGAAGUGCAGUCCGUGCCUGAAGAUUUGGUACUCAAACAACAAAAGAGGAACUCAGAUGAGACCACCGUAACUCAGCAGUCUAUAUCUGAUUCCCACAUGGCAGAACUUCAGGAAAAACUCCAGCAAACAGAGGCCACCAACAAGACUCUUCAAGAGAAACUAAAUGAAAUGAGCUCUGAACUAAAGUCUGCUCAGGAGUUAUCUCAGAAGCAAGAUGGUACAAUUCAAAGCCUCAAGGAAACUCUGAAAAGCAGGGAAAAUGAGACUGAGGAGUUAUACCAGGUGAUUGAAGGUCAAAAUGACACAAUGGCAAAGCUUCGAGAAAUGCUGCACCAAAACCAGCUUGGACAGCUUCAGAGCUCUGAGGGUACUUCCCCAGCUCAGCAACAGGUGGCUCUGCUUGAUCUUCAGAGUGCUUUAUUCUGCAGCCAGCUUGAAAUACAGAAGCUUCAGAGGGUGGUACGACAGAAGGAACGCCAACUUGCUGAUGCCAAGCGAUGUGUGCAAUUUGCAGAAGCUGCAGCAAACAAGAGUGAACAGCAGAAAGAAGCUUCUUGGAAACAUAACCAGGAAUUGCGGAAAGCUUUGCAGCAGCUACAAGGAGAAUUGCAGAAUAAGAGCCAACAGCUUCGUACCCUGGAGGCUGAAAAAUACAAUGAGAUUCGAACCCAGGAACAAAACAUUCAACACCUAAACCAUAGUCUAAGUCACAAGGAGCAGCUACUUCAGGAAUUUCAGGAGCUCCUACAGUAUCGAGAUAAGUCAGAAAAAACCCCUGAAGCAAAUGAAAUGUUGCUUGAGAAACUUCGGCAACGGACACAUGAUAGAGCUAUUGCUCUAGAGCGGGCUAUAGAUGAAAAGUUCUCUGCUCUAGAAGAAAAAGACAAAGAACUGCGCCAGCUUCAUCUUGCUGUGAGAGAGCGAGAUCAUGACAUAGAGAGACUGUGCAGUGUCCUCUCUUCUAAUGAAGCUACCAUGCAUAGCAUGGAGAGUCUCCUGAGGGCCAAAGGCCUAGAAGUUGAACAGUUAACUGCUACCUGUCACAACCUCCAGUGGCUACAAGAAGAAAUGGAAACCAAAUUUAGCCAUUGGCAGAAGGAACAAGAGAGUAUCGUUCAGCAGUUACAGACAUCUCUUCAUGACAGGAACAAAGAAGUGGAGGAUCUUAGUGCAACAUUGCUCUGCAAACUGGGACCGGAACAGAGUGAAAUAGCUGAGGAGCUCUGCCAGCGUUUACAGCGAAAAGAAAGAAUGCUGCAGGACCUCCUAAGUGAUCGGAACAAACAAGCUUUGGAACAUGAAAUGGAGGUUCAGGCUCUGCUUCAGUCUGUGAGCACCAGGGAGCAGGAGAGCCAGGCUGCUGCAGAGAAGAUGGUGCAAGCCCUAAUGGAAAGAAAUUUAGAAUUACAGGCUAUACGCCAGCAUUUAGGAGGGAAAGACUUAAUGAUGACUCAAACACUCAUCUCUAACCAACAAGCUAAAGCUACUUCCAUGAGCCCCAAUCUGGGAGAGCAAACUGAUCAAGCAUCAAUGCAAAUGCCCUCCAGAAAUGAUAGCACUUCCUUGCCUGCCAAAGAGGAUGCCAGCAUUCCCAGGUCCACAUUAGGAGACUUGGACACAGUUGCAGGACUGGAGAAAGAACUGAGUAAUGCUAAAGAGGAACUUGUACUUAUGACUAAAAAAGAAAGAGAAAGUCAGAUGGAACUUUCUGCUCUACAGUCUAUGAUGGCUGUACAAGAGGAAGAGCUACAGGUGCAGGCUGCUGAUCUGGAAUCCCUGACCAGGAACAUACAGAUAAAAGAAGAUCUCAUAAAGGACCUGCAAAUGCAACUGGUUGAUCCUGAAGACAUACCAGCUAUGGAACGCCUGACACAAGAAGUCUUACUUCUUCGAGAAAAAGUUGCUUCAGUAGAAUCGCAGGGUCAAGAAAUUUCAGGAAACCGAAGACAACAGUUGUUGCUGAUGCUAGAAGGACUAGUAGACGAAAAGAGUCGACUCAAUGAGGCCUUACAAGCUGAGAGACAGCUCUAUAGCAGCUUGGUGAAGUUCCAUGCCCAUCCAGAGAGCUCUGAAAGAGAUCGAACUCUGCAGGUGGAACUCGAAGGGGCCCAGGUAUUACGCAGUCGGCUAGAAGAAAUUCUUGGAAGAAGUCUGGAGCGCUUAAGCAGACUGGAGACCCUGGCCGCCGUUGGAGGUGCAGUGGCAGGGGAUGACACUGAAGAUGCCAGCACUGAAUUCACUGACAGUAUUGAGGAGGAGGCUGCACACAACAGCCACCAGCAACUUACCAAGGUGGCUUUGGAGAAAAGCUCGGCAACCGUGGAGACCCAGAACACAUCUCUUUCCCCUCCAUCCCCAGUAGGAGGGGACAGUAACAGGUGUCUUCAGGAGGAAAUGCUCCACCUGAGGGCUGAGAUCCACCAGCACUUAGAGGAGAAGAGAAAAGCUGAAGGGGAACUCAAGGAGCUAAAGGCUCAAAUUGAGGAAGCGGGAUUCUCCUCUGUGUCCCACAUCAGGAAUACCAUGUUGAGCCUUUGCCUUGAGAAUGCAGAGCUGAAAGAGCAGAUGGGAGAAGCAAUGUCUGAUGGAUGGGAGAUGGAGGAAGACAAGGAGAAAGGCGAGGUGAUGGUGGAGACUGUGGUCGCCAAAGGGGAUCUGAAUGAGAGUACCCUUCAGGCUGAGUUCAGAAAGCUCCAGGGAAAACUGAAGAAUGCCCACAACAUCAUCAACCUCCUCAAAGAACACUUGAUACUAAGCAGCAAGGAAGGGAAUAAUAAACUUACUCCAGAGCUCCUUGCACACUUGACCAGGGAGAUUGACAGAAUGAACACAAACCUGGUUUGUUCUCCUGGGAAGAACCAAUGCCAAGAGGAGGAGUUGACCACAAGGCCUUGCCCCAGACCCCAGAGCCUUGAUCUUGGGGCCGCCUUGGCAGUGGAUACCCACCAAUUGGAUAACCAGUCUCAGGCCCAGGAUGCUAGGCCUCAAUCAGAAUUUAGCCUGCGUGGUUCUACCAAGCACCUGCGCUCUCAGCUGGCUCAGUGCAGACAAUGCUAUCAAGACCUUCAGGAGAAGCUACUGAUCUCAGAAGCAACUGUCUUUGCCCAGGCAAACCAGCUGGAGAAGUACAGAGCCAUAUUUAGUGAAUCCCUGGUGAAGCAGGACAGCAAGCAGGUCCAGGUGGAUCUCCAGGACCUGGGCUAUGAGACUUGUGGUCGAAGUGAAAAUGAGGCUGAACGUGAGGAGACCACCAGCCCUGAAUGUGAGGAGCACAACAGCCUGGUACUCAUGGAAGGGCUGUGCUCUGAGCAAGGGCGCCUGGGCCCAGCCCUCACACACCCUCCUGGGAAGAAGCCUUCAGAGAGCCGGCUAGGGAAGCAGGAAGAGUCCCAGGCAUAUGGAAAGUCAGAAAACAUCUCUGUUCUACGAAAGGACAUUAAAGAUCUGAAAGCCCAGCUGCAGAAUGCCAACAAGGUCAUUCAGAACCUCAAGAGCCGUGUCCGGUCUCUCUCGGUUACAAGUGAUUAUUCAUCUAGUCUGGAAAGACCCCGGAAGCUGAGGGCUGUUGGCACCCUUGAGGGGUCUUCACCCCAUAGUGUCACUGAUGAGGAUGAGGGGUGGCUGUCUGAUGGCACUGGGGCUUUCUACCCUCCAGGCCUUCAGGCCAAAAAGGAUCUGGAGAGUCUUGUCCAGAGAGUAUCCCAACUGGAAGCUCAGCUCCCAAAAACCGGAAUAGAAGGGAAGCUGGCCGAGGAGCUGAGAUCAGCCUCGUGGCCUGGAAAAUAUGAUUCCCUGAUUCAGGAUCAGGCCCGAGAACUAUCCUACCUACGGCAAAAAAUACGAGAAGGGAGGGGUAUUUGUUAUCUUCUUACCCAGCAUGCAAAAGAUACAGUCAAAUCUUUUGAGGAUCUCCUAAGGAGCAAUGAUAUUGACUACUACCUGGGUCAGAGCUUCCGGGAACAACUUGCCCAGGGAAGUCAGCUGACUGAGAGACUUACCAGCAAACUCAGCACCAAGGAUCAUAAAAAUGAGAAAGAACAAGCUGAACUUGAGCCGCUGGCCCUCAGGCUCAGCAGGGAGCUGCAGGAGAAGGAAAAAGUGAUUGAAGUCCUGCAGGCCAAGCUGGAUGCCCGGUCUCUUUCGCCCCCCAGCAGCCAUGCCUUGUCUGACUUCCACCGCUCUCCCAGCAGCACCUCCUUCUUAUCUGAUGAGCUGGAAGCCUGCUCUGACAUGGACAUAGCCAGCGAGUAUACACACUGUGAAGAGAAGAAAGCUUCACCUGGUCACUCAGAUUCCAUCCAUCAUUCAAGUCUUUCUGCUGUAUUGUCUUCUAAACCAUCAGUAACCAGUGCUUCACAGGGGGUUAAGGCCGAGUCCAGCAGCAACCCCAUCAGCUUGCCAACUCCCCUGAAUGCCCCCAAGGAGGCCAACCAGGCCCAUCCAGGCUUUCAUUUUAACUCCAUACCCAAGCCGGUUAGCCUCCCCCAGGCUCCAUUGCCCUCAGCUCCAUCCAGUUUCCUGCCCUUCAGCCCCCUUGGUCCUCCCUUCCUUGGCUGCUGUGAGACACCAGUGGUGUCCUUGGCUGAGGCUCAACAGGAGCUGCAGAUGCUGCAGAAGCAGUUGGGAGAAAGUGUCAGCAGUGUUCCUCCAGCUUCCACAGCCACGUUGCCAGGCAGCCAUUCAGAAACCAGCUCUUCCCACUACCUCAACCCUGCCCAGUCCCACUCUCCAAUGAGGAGUGCCAUGGAAUUGGGCAGAAUCCUGGAUCCUGGGUACCUGGGUAGCAAUGGCCAGUGGGAUGUCAUGAGACCUCAGAAAGGGAGUGUCUCUGGGGACAUCUCUUCAGGUUCUUCAGUGUAUCAGCCUAACUCCAAACCCACAGGGGCUGACCUACUGGAAGAGCAUCUUGGUGAAAUCCGGAAUCUGCGCCAGCGGCUGGAAGAGUCCAUCUGCAUCAAUGACCGCCUGCGGGAGCAGCUGGAACACCGCCUCAGUUCCACUGCCCGUGACAGUGGAUCCACCUCUCACUUCUACAGUCAGAACCUGGAAUCUAUGCCUCAGCUCUACAAUGAGAACAGAGCCCUCAGGGAAGAAAACCGGAGCCUUCAAGCUCAGCUGAGUCACGUUUCCAGAGGGCACUCACAGGAAACAGAAUGCCUGAGGGAGGCUCUGUUCUCCUCUCGAUCCCGCCUUCAAGAGCUGGAAAAGGAGCUGGAGCAGCAAAAACUGGAGCGGCAGCAGCUUCUAGAAGACCUGCAGGAGAAGCAACAGGAGAUCUUGCACUUCAGGGAGGAACGUCUGUCCCUCCAGGAAAAUGACUCCAGACUGCAACACAAGCUGGCCCUCCUGCAGCAGCAGUGUGAAGAGAAACAGCAGCUCUUCCAUUCCCUGCAGUCAGAGCUACAGAUCUAUGAGGCACUUUAUGGAAAUUCUAAAAAAGGACUAAAAGCUUUCAGCCUGGAUGGCUGUCACCAAGUUCCUUUGAACAGUGACUUGAACCACCUGGUGGCAGAGAUACGAGCUCUGAGAGGGCAACUAGAACAGAGCAUUCAGGUGAACAACUGUCUGCGGCUACAGUUGGAGCAGCAGUUAGAUGGUGGUACUGGCAAAGGCAGCCUCAGCCCCUCCACUGUGAGCCAGAACUUCCCAUCCAACCCUGACCCUGGAAAUAAGCAGUCACACUUUCAAGAUUCAGUUACUUCCCCUCCAGUUCGUGAUGUUGGCAUGAAUUCUCCUGCUCUGGUCCUUCCCAGCUCUUCUUCCUCUUCUCCUGGCUUAGACACUGCCAUUGUCACCAGGAAAAAUGAGCUGGAAUCAGAUGCUCCUCCAGGAAUGAAAAACUCUCCCAAGCUGGAGGGUGAUGCUACGGAUGGCUCCUUCGCCAACAAAAAUGGCCGCCAUGUCAUAGGCCACAUCGAUGACUAUUCUGCUCUCAGGGAGCAGAUUGAGGAGGGAAAACAGCUGGUGCAAAAGAUCCUGUCUCUCCUGAGGCCCACAUGCAACUUCCUGGGCCUUGAAUCUCAGAGCUCAGAGGCACCAGGCAACAAAGGAGUCCGUGAGCUACGCAGCAGUCUCAGUGCCCUGCACCACACCCUAGAAGAGUCAGCCUCCCUCCUGACCAUGUUCUGGCGAGCGGCCCUGCCAAGUUCCCAAGGCCCCGCACUGCCUGGCAAAGCAGAUGAAUCAAUGGAAAGGGAGCUACUGGAUCUGCGAGCCCAAGUAUCCAAACAGGAGAAGCUCCUUCAGACCACAGCUGAGCRUCUGAAGACUGCCAACCAGCAGAAGGAGAACAUGGAGCAGUUCAUCGUCAAUCAGUUGACCAGGACACAUGAUGUUUUGAAGAAGGCAAGGACUAAUUUGGAGCACAACACUUACAAGAUUGCCUCUGUACAGCCUUAUCCUGUCCCAGCCAAGGGUGAAAUCUCUAAGGGCCCUGCUGUGCACUCCAGCCUUGUGACCCUUGCCUUCCAGGAGCCACGCAAGAAGCAAAGCCACCACAGGUCCUUAAAGCAUCAGGAAGAAUGGGGCUGCCCCUCUUUUGAACAACUACCUGUCUGCUGAGGAGAAUCUGGGCUUGAGUCCUCUAAAUCUGCUGGAGGUCUGAAGAUGCAGUCAGAGAUGUGUCCUUGUGGGGUAGGCAGAAAGGUAGAAUGACUUCCUGGCAGUGAUGGAAUAACAGUAGCCAAAUCCCCCUGGGCCCAGCAUGAAGCAAAGCGCGUGUGAGAUUGCAUAGUAGCACUUGUGACACUGCUUCUGAACAGCCUCAGUGGCAUAGCACCUGCCAGAGCACGGUUCUCAUCUCAACAGCUGUCCUCAGAUGGUCAACGCGAAGGAAAUAGUUGCCUUCUACACAUGGGACAUGUGAUCCCCAUGGUGAAGCUCCUCCACAGUUAUAGAAGCACACUACUGAGCAGCAGUGCCCUUCUGGACAGUGUCAGUGAGCACUGCUCACAGAUCCACACCUAACCAGGUAGCUCCUCUGGGCCAAGUCAGGCUGGGCUUCAUGCUGUACCACCAGUUCUGAGAGCUUUGAUUCUGUGUGGGGAAUUGGUGACUUGUUAGAUGCCCUGUCAUGCUUAGCCUAGCAUGAUCUUCUUCAUUUCUUACAUGUUCUCCAAACUAUACUGUCCCUACCCCCAUUAGGUAUGUUAUCCCUUUGUCAUCCUAACUUCCCUCAGGCGAAUUGGGAACUGAUGGCCAUACCAAGCCUAUGGAAAGUCUUGCAUAUAGCAGCCCUCUGCUUGUUUUUAAGUGGUCUGGGCAAGGCCCUAGUUGUACUGAAGCCUAGUCUGUGUCUUCAGAGUGCUCCUAGGAUGUGGGUAUGUGUGUAUAAAUGUAUGAUAGAGAUUUAUUUAUGUUGCUGUAGCAAUAUGUUGAAGGCCAACAUAACUCAUGGAUGGGGAGGAUGARAGGAAACAACAAUCUUUUUUUGGUGGCUAUUAAAGAAAUAUGUGUAUAAGGAAAUAGUU